AUGGCAGACGAACGUGGACCAAUCAAAGGAAGUUCCUCAAGUUAUGGUGCUGUUGAAGACAACACAGGCGCUGGAAAGUCGACGUCGACGGCUACGGCUGUUCCCCCGGGAUUAGAAGUACAUCAUCGUGAGCUUCAUGGUUGGAGAAAAAUCAAGUAUCAAUUCCGUGAACCUUUCGCUGAAUUUUUGGGUACUUUCACUUUUAUUACCUUCGGUCUCGGUGGUGUUGCCCAAGCAGGUGGCCACUUAAAUCCUGCUGUCACGAUAACAUUAGCAGUAUUCCGUCAAUUCAGUUGGCUAAAAGUACCCAUCUAUAUCACCGCCCAAACUUUAGGUGCUUUUGUGGCCGCAGCAGCUGUAUACUCAAAUUACAGUGCAGCUAUCUCGAAAUUCGAUGGCGGAAAUCGGCAUGUAACCGGUCAAAAUGCCACAGCUGGUAUUUUCGCAACCUAUCCGGCCGAUUUCCUUACAAUACCCGGUGCAUUCUUUUCCGAAGCACUCGGCACCUUCUUCCUACUCCUCGUUAUUCUUACAGUGACUGACGAACGAAACGCUUCAACUUUCAAAUCUGCUGCGCCAAUCAUUAUUGGUCUUACCAUUAUCACUAUUGGAUUGUCUAGCGGUUGGGAAACCGGUUUCAGUUUAAACCCGGCCAGAGAUUUUGGCCCUCGAUUGUUUACUUUCUUUGCUGGUUACGGAUUUGAAGUUUUUUCUGCGGGAAAAUUGUAUUUCUGGGUUCCACUUGCGGCUCCUGUGGUUGGUGGAUUGAUAGCUGGCUUGGUCUAUGACAGUCUCAUUUAUACUGGCAAAUCACCAUUGAACCGUGUAUAA